ACUUUCAUUAUUAUGCAUUGAAUCUUAGCCUCAGGGCCGGAUUCAGGAGUGGGCAGCUGCCCAGGGAUAAUAACGAAUUUUAACCCUAUUAAUUUUUGUCAAUUCACUAAAUCGUCGACGGCAACGAAUUAUUUCUUACUACAAACACCAAUAUAAACUACACUAAUACCAAGACAUCAUAAUAUAUAAAAUGGCGGUGUUUAUCUUUGCAAUUACCUUUCCAUAAAACAUCUUCACCUAAAUUUCCAUUUGAUGACUGAAUAAAACUCACUAACUACUUGUUGGGUUGACAAACUACCAUGGCAGUGGUUAACCAACUCUCCAACAUCAUAUGUAACUUAAUUAUGAAAAUAAAAAUACCAAUAAUUUACUCACCACACAGAAGAGUAGCGACAUAAGCUUGUGUUUAAAUAACUUAAUAUAAAAAUACUAAAAAUUUAAUCACCACAUAACAGCCAGUUACAACAUGUCCUUCUCUCACGGCUCACUCGGGCAAACGGCCUGCUUUUGAUGUCACAAUGGUGUGUUAUACCAAGGAAGGAAUAUAGAGAGAAACUUGUACUACACUGAAUUAACGUUCAGCCCCUGACUGCUGCGCCAUGUCUUGAUAAAUUUUACCAUAAAUAUAUAAGGUCAUUAUAGAAAAUGUGUUGCUGUCUUUCGCGUAGACUCCUGUCAUAAGCUAUAUACAUUUUUAUUGUUAGCAGCCAUUGCAUAAAUAUAAAUGAUUAUCUGCUUAUACAUUUAUAUAUUUAUUUAUUCACGAACAAUUAUGGUCCUUAAAUAAGGGACUUUGGUGGGAGAUAAAUAUAAGUUAAGAACACAUCAGAAGCAGUCGGGCAGGUAGACCUAGUGUAAUCUUUAUGAUAUCCACAAAAAGUAGAAAGCAGUAAUAAAAAGACUAAGUAUCAGCUUUCAGUCUUGGAAAUAUAUAUAAUUCAGGGUGGAUAAGGCCGAAAUACGUUACAUGUUCUGAUAAGAAUCACACACACACUAUAUAAUUUCUAUAAAUUUAAGACAGCAUACAGCUUGCUAACACUUCCUACACGAUUGGGGAGAUAAACUUUAAACUUUGUGAUAGUUGACAACUACAAUCAAGCUGGGUGGAAAAGUUAAGUGAAACCAGAGGAAAACAAUAGAAAUGCAUAUUCUAUUUGGUUUGUGUUGUAAAUGAAGGGAGAUAUUGUAUAUCCAUCCCAUUUAGAUUGUUGCGAAAGAAAUACCCCCACGGAAAUAAGUUCCAUUUUAUCCAAUAUCCCCCCAAAGUAGUUAAAAUCACAUUUCAUUGGGAUUUUAAGUGCAUGUGGUGCAAAGAUAAGUAAGCAGAUAAGGGUAAAAAAACAAAAAAACAAUGCGGUUCCAGCAUUUGUGUGAUGUGAUUUGAUUGACUUUGCCUUUAAAUUAAUACGUCAUCACACUCAUAAACUAUUAACUAAGGUGUGCUUGGUAUAGUAUUAAACAAGUGUGUUAUAUUGAGUUAGUUUAGUAAUGAUGUGUUAAAUAGAUCAAUUCGUACAGCGCGCCUCAUGACGUCACUUGUAGCCAACCAAUCACAGGCAUGAUAGUGUCCUACAGCCAAGGGGUGUGCUCAUCAGCCACAAUAUUUUUAUUUUUAUUAAUUUAUUUUUAUUAAGUUCAGUUCAAUAUUAAAAAAUAACCUUUCAUUUAUAGACAAAUAAGGAUAGUGAUACGUAAGGUUUAUAUACUGACAUAUUUUUUACUUUAUUUUUAUUUAUAUAUGAAGAUAAAAUGAAUGUUAGUUGAUUUAGGAGCAAUAAUAGAAGGGAUUAUAGAUAACGCUGAGUGAAUGUUUUGAAACUCCGGUUACGGAAGACAUCUUUGAAUCCUGUUGAGCCUUGUGUCACUCACUGGCACUCUGGCAGACCAUCAACAGCGAGGCACACGUUGUCUUCGUAGUAUCUUUUGUGACGAACACUGUACGUGGACAAUCAAGUGUUACCAGGAAUAGAGGUAGCCACGACAGACAUUAGAAGCAGCCAGGAGAAACAUCAACAGUGGGGUCGACGCCAUUAGUUCACUAGAACAAGGACUUGUCAACACCACACCUAUAAUAAGACUGGCGGACUGGCGGAAGACUUGCACUAGGAAAGAUAGUCACCGAAGAGGAUAGAUGGCAUAGUGGUUAAAUUUGUUAAACAUAGGCAGAUAUGGUUAUAGUAAUUGAAGGUACCCCAUUGCUUAAGUGUCCAAAAUCUACCGAUGAGUUCUAUAACCGUUAUCCGAGUCUCGUUGAGAGAGGACUAAGCUUUGUUCAUGAAAAUGCAAGACAAGUACAACCGGAAUUUACCUUGUAUGUUGCACAGGGAGAGUUUGGUGUUGUACCUGGUAAAGAUUCAAAGGUGAAGAUUAUAGGUUCUGAUGAUGCCACUACUUGCCAUAUUGUUAUUCUAAGACACCCAUCUGGAACUGUUGGUGUAGCUCAUUUUGAUGGUAGUAAAAAUGAAGAAGCUGCAAUUAGUGCCAUGGUGGAGAAGAUCACGAACAUUGAGAGGGGAGCAGAAGGUCUUCAGUUAUGUGUUGUAGGAGGAUACACACCAGAAAUUGGUAGCCAUGAAGCCUCAAGAAAUGAGGCUGAACACCUUUCACUUAAGAUUUUAGGCAUGUUUUCACGUCAUAGUUGUUCUUUCCAUCUCUCCUUGUGGUGUACCUGUCGACUAAAUACAGUGCAAGGGAGUAGUGGACCACAGCCUAUUAUAUAUGGUGUGGGUGUUGACAUACUUACUGGCUCCAUAUUCCCUGCAUGCUUUAAAUCACACGACCCUAACAUACCCCUUAGAUCAGCUUCUCGCUGGAUAUCUGGAGACAAGAAGUUGUAUGAUAUAUAUGACUAUCAUUCUGGAACAAUAACUAUUGAUCCCUUUUAUUAUUCUGGUAUGGAUUGCUUUAGUUUUUACAAGCAACUUUCAGAUGAUUUGUUAUUAAGAAAUUUUUCAACAUCUCCGAAAGUUGAGCCACCUCGGUUUUGUCAAGAUCUUAGAAAAGUGUUUCAGGUUUUUGUAGAUCACCCAAACCCAGAGGCAACUCUCUUUCUUGGUAAAAAGUCCAAGAAAUAUGUCAUGAACUCUAAUGGACUGUGGGAACUUAUGCAGGAGCAAUUAUAAGGCAAUAAAAACCUGGAAGACAGGAAUAUUAGAUUUAGCAUCCUCUUUUGAAAGGUAAUUGAGUGGGGUAUGAGUGUCAUCCUUUACUCAGAGUGGUACGUAUUUAUACAAAGGAGAUUUGUAACGAAUUAUUAGGUUUGUAUGUGAAGAUAAGCUCAAACAUGGUUAAGAUUUAUAAAAAGAUUUUAAUUAAUUUUCUGUGAUCUCAGUUAUACCAUUAGUUGUACAGUAAUCAGUUACAGUAUGUCUUAUGUUAAGUUCUUCAGAUACGGGGAUUUGGUGUAAUAAAAUCACUAAAGGUAGCUAUCUGCUGGAGAGAUUUCUUGAUUAAGAGCUGUUCUUCAAAUUAUAUUGGGAGAAACAUUCAUGUGUUAGUCUUCUAGUAAGUGACCAAUGUUAGAAAUUGCUGCAAGGUUCUGGCUUUUUUGUCUAUGUUCUUACAUAUUGAUGUUUUUUUUUUUUUAGCUGAAGUAUGUGUGAGAAUUUGAGAUAGUGAAUUUUUUGAGUGAAUAAAAGAAUACAGGUGAGAAAGUGAACGUGUGUGUGUUUCUUCGAGAGAGGAAAAGAAUGUUGCUUGUGUUUUUGUUUUUAGGCCUCAUAUUGAUUGAGGAUACAAAAUUCCACAAUUUAUUACCACUAAGUGACAUUAGUUAUAUUUAAUCUGACAGAGAUCAUAUUGUUUAGAAUUAUUUUAAAGAAUACUGUAUUGGAAAGCUUUUUUAGCAUCAACUUUUAGGGAGAGGCUAUGCCAAAGUGCUCUUGUCCAGUAAUUCCUCUGUCUUGUCACUCAGGUUCUCAUUGUUCAUAGAAAACAAAAUCUCGUGUGCUUUAUAGUAACUGAACUGCUCGUAAUAAUUAAAUUGAACUUUAAAUUUUUUUAUUGGUCCGUAUACUGUAGAUGAUAAGUGACAGUCAAGAACCAGGUCGAUGCAUGAAUUAUUAAGGUUACAUUGGUUGAACCCCCCCCCCUUUGUUUUCUUCCUUACUUCAAAAUUUGUAACCUUUCAAGAUAAUUUUUGUAUCUCCAUCCACAUGCGUUAUCAUUUGAGGUUUCAUGCACUAGAACCUUGUCUGUAUAUGAAAAGUAAAGGUCACAGAAGUGUAAUGGUUAAAUUGACUAACAGGAUGAGUUACAUAUCCAGAUAUUGUUGGCACAUUUCUAGUUUUUCUCUGGUUUAGUUUUCCUUGUGAAUAUAUUUUUUGCAGAGAUGCUGUAAACACGACAAACUGUCCAUAAUGCCACCAUCAUGUCUUCUUUCAUCUGAGGACUUAAUGUGGCAGAAUAAUCUGGUGGGAUGAACCAGUAUUGCUUUAUUAAUUCAGGGUAUAGUCUUUGAAAAUUAAUUAGCAUUAUAAUAUUUUUCUUGAUUUAAAAAUAGCUCUCCAGUAGAUAGCUGCUUAAAGGUUUGUUAACUGUUGAUAGUUUGGUAGGUGAAGAGCUGAUUGUGAAUUUUGACAUGUUAACCACCUCUUUACAGCAAAUUGAAACCAGUACAGUGCUGCACAUGUAAACCACAGCUUAGUGUUAGUUCCCUGGUUUUGUUUUGUGGUAAAGGGGUUUUGAAUUACAGUACUGUAGUGAUAUUUGAAAUCCUAUAUCGGCACUCAUUUUUAGUGUUGGAAAUAAUUUCGCUACUGUGAUUGUAUACAUUUGAAAAGAGAUGUAAAUCGGCUAAACUUUGUAAGUUGUUAGAUUCCAAUGGUCAGAAAUACUUAUCGAAUUUAUUAUGAUUUCACCUGUUUAUGGAAUUGUCCGUCUUCUUUACAUUGUACUAUCCAGACUCGGGUGCACGAGAACACUGUGAAUGUCUGUCUCAUUAGGAAAAGGUUUUGCAACGUAUUUAUAUUUGUGAGAUCCUAUGUUUAAGAGGGAACUUGAGAUAGAAAUUUAUAAUAUUUGCUUGCAAUAGAAUUAGAGGAGCAUUUUUUAAUAACUUUAAAGCAGUAUUAUGAUUCAGUGGGUGUAGGUGAUAAGUUGUGAUGUUAACCAAAUAUUUUCAGUUUGUGUUGGCAGCAAACUUCCAAAUAAAUGAUUUUGUAAUUCA